CUUGCAUGCACUGGAUUACUCGCACUCCUUUGCUGACCUGAAGCUGCAUCACGGCGUUUCCAUACACCCAAGUUCCCAGCUUUUCAACCGUUUCAUUACGCAUUUCUGCUGUACGCUAUCUUGCUCUGAAAACAGGUUCAGCCUGACGAAGCGAGGCGGAGACAUUGGCGACUAGUUCCAGAAGCGAAUGCCGCAAAUACAUGUGACGGUAGCGCGAUCAUCAUGGCGACACUUCCACAACUAGAUACAGCGCCACACCACCAUGCCCAUGGUCCACACGCAUCACAUGGUGGAGAAGGUCACAUCCAAUCCCACCACUCCCAUUACCACCAUUUCCAGCAACAGCAUCCCGCUCCACUGAUCCAUGCACAUUCCCGGCCCCUUCCACUCCACACACAGGCGCCGCCCAGCGCGCUUAUCACAACCGGCCACAGCCAACACCACCACCAUGGCGCCCCGCCAAAACCAGAAACAUGGUCCCAUCGACAUUUCCCAACCUACCAUGCGACCUCAUCAAAGCUUCUGAGUAAGAAGUGGGAGGAGAGGGCGAGGCAGAUUCAUCUGCAGAAACUGAGGAAUGCUGCUUGUACGGUUGAUAAUCGGCCGCCCAAGAGGCGGCCGCAUCUGGAGGUCAGGCUGAAGAAGCUGCAGUCUGAGCAAGAACGACUGUACGAAAUUGAACGAGCAAACCACAUCCUCCUCGACCGCAUCUCUUUCCAAAUGCAAGCCGCAUCCAACCUCCAACCCGGGAUCUCACCAGCUGCUGACGAGCCUACCCCCGUUCCUGGCGGGACCACCGUCCUAACCGCUUCUGGUACGCCAGCGCCUGGCAGUCUGCACGGUCCACGGCGCGCACAAAUUCUUCGCUCGAUAGCGAAAGAGAAUGCAACGAUCAUGCAGCGCAUCGAGGACCAGCCACCCAACUACAAGCGCUCGAACUGGACGCGGGAACGAUGCAAGAAUCUGGACUACUUGCGCAACAUUGCAAGUUUCCCGGAGAGUUAUACGCGCCUGUUGGAGGAUCAUUUGGAGAUUGGCCGGAAGAAGAAAAAUGGAGAGGCCGGUGCAUGCGGGCCGGGAUGUUCGCAUGGGCAUUCCGGGCAUGGAACGGCGCAGGAGGGACCGAGAAAGCUGGCGCCCCCGCCUGUGCAAAGACCCAAGACGGCGCAGAACCCGAGAACAGGCGGGCUGAACUCACCCACGGUGGCUACGCUCGGCAACCCGAGAAUGUCGGCGUCGCUGAUCGGACCGCGGGGAAUCGUCGGAAGGCCGCAGCGGGCAGGCUCCGCACGCGAUUUGGGGAGCAAACGGGCCAGCCUGCUUGAACUGGCGCGUGGGGAUGACGACUUGGACUUGGCACCGAGCGAGGAAGGGACGGCGGGAGAAGAGGACUGGGUGCCUGUGUUAGAAACGGGGCGUCCGCAGACCAGAGUCAAUCGGAUGAAGGGACCGUUGUCAGAGUAUGGGGAGAGUGAAGAUGAGCGGGAGAGGGACCGGGGACGACAGACCGAAACGGCGUCUUUCGGGUUCGAAACAGAGAAUGAAUCUGAGGGUGCGGGGCCGAGCCGGCCCGAAUCUCGAGAACAGCUUGAUGACGAGCAGCGGUACGAUGGAGGGGCUGCUGCGGAGGCAGAGGAAGAAGACAACGAACCUGCACCAACGCAAAGACACGCGACACCCUCAGAAGCCGCUGAUGAGCAACUAGCGGGAGCCUUCGCAGAGCAAGGCAAUCAAUACAGCGACGAGUAUGACAACGAAAAGUUCGAGUCCUUGCCCUCCUUACCCGCUCAAGACUCGCGACCCGUCUCUGCAAUUGUGGAUUAUUGAUCACACAGACCCAUUCCCGCGGCAGUGUAGCUGUAGAAGACCAACCCCACUUACAUAAUGUAAUCACCAACAGUAAAAACCUUGAGCCAGCAUGGCAGCAUCUGUCUUUUGUAGUGAGUGUGCGAGACUAGCGAGGUGUCCGGCAACUUUCUCCAAGACGCG